GGACUUGAAGUUCAGUUUUCGUCUCUUCCGCGGUGCGCGCUGUUCGCCUCCAGCAGAAGUCACAUGAUCCAUCCAGAUCCGUGUGCUCGGACUGAAAUCUGGAAACAGUGGAAGGUAACGCUGGCUGCAUUAACUAAAGACUUUUUUUAGGUCAGUAAAUGUGAGGUUUUGGUGACACUGCGCGGGUGGGUAAAAACUGACCAUGAAGCUCAUCAUUCUGAAUGACUACGACCAGGCGAGCGAAUGGGCAGCAAAGUACAUUAGAAACAAGAUUUUACAGUUCAGCCCUGGCCCCAACAAAUACUUCACUCUGGGGCUCCCUACAGGAGGCACCCCUUUAGGUUGUUAUAAGAAGCUGAUUGAAUACUACAAAAAUGGAGCUCUAUCAUUCCAGUACGUGAAGACUUUCAACAUGGAUGAAUAUGUAGGACUUCCCAGAGAUCAUCCUGAGAGCUACCACUCCUUCAUGUGGAAUAACUUCUUCAAGCACAUAGAUAUAAAAGCAGAGAACACGCACAUCCUCGAUGGCAACGCUGCCGACCUGCAGGCAGAGUGUGAUGCCUUUGAGAAGAAGAUAACAGCUGCUGGGGGGAUUCAGCUGUUUGUUGGAGGUAUUGGACCUGAUGGCCACAUUGCAUUUAAUGAGCCUGGUUCAAGUCUGGUAUCCAGGACCAGAGUGAAGACACUGGCGAAGGACACCAUUAUGGCCAAUGCCCGAUUCUUUGAUGGCGACCUCUCAAAAGUCCCCACCAUGGCGCUGACGGUGGGAGUGGGCACUGUCAUGGAUGCCAAAGAGGUCAUGAUUCUCAUCACCGGAGCACACAAGGCGUUUGCUUUGUACAAAGCCAUAGAGGAAGGUGUGAAUCACAUGUGGACGGUGUCUGCCUUCCAGCAGCACCCACAGACCAUUUUUGUGUGCGAUGAAGACGCCACCCUGGAACUGCGAGUCAAAACUGUGAAGUACUUUAAAGGCAUGAUGCAUGUCCACAACAAGCUGGUAGAGUCACCUCCAUCAGAGCCAAAGAAAAACUGAGGAAGACCUCUCUCAAACAUCCUGGAUUCAAGAGGCAUUUGACCAAAUGAGCACUCCAAUAAUUCCACUGAUUUUUUUUUCCUUCUUCCUCAAGAUCAAGCAAGAUUUUCCCACAACUACUUUUCAUAGAGAUAAGUUAGUGCUGGUAUAGAUGAUUCUUCAUAGAACUGCUCAUUUGUUCUUUGUAAUAAAGCAAAUUUAAUUUGUA